UGUGCUGCUUAAAAUCAUUUGUAAUUUUUAGAUGAGUCUAAUAUAAAAACAAAACAACUAAACAAACGUUAACAAUGGGGUUAUACCAAUGAAAAUAAAAUACUUAUACCUAUUAUAAUUCUAAAAAAAAUUUCGAAUUAUGAACAAUUAGACAAGAUGAGUGAUGAUAAAUAAUAGAUAAAGAAUAACUUCCUUAUCGCGUUUAGGUUUUCCUGAAUGACAAGUUGCAAGUAUGCUUUUUAAACUUAUUAUAAGCAUAUAGGUCAACCCUAAAUAGGCAGUACCGUUGUCCGUUUUUAAUUUAAAGUGUUGCUUAUUAUCUAUUGUAUUAUUUGACAAAAAUAACUUUUGCAAAGUCUUUAACUCAGGGAUGAACUUAUUUUAUUAUCGGAUUUGACAUGGACGAAGACUACAGAGAUAAUGAAUACACGAACAGUUGUGGAAUGAUUUACACCAAUGCAAGUAGUGAUAAAACAACUACUCUAUAUCACUUAUUAGAAUCUGAAGAAACGGAAAAACAACCUUUAAGAAUAUGCCAAGCAUUUUCGAAAAAAGUUUUUACACUUCUAAUACUUCAACUUUGCUCUUACAACGUAAUGGGUUUUUUUUGUUUAUUCACACCAAAAAUAAGAUUUUUUAUUUAUAAUUUUGAUUACAUGGUAUCAAUUACAUUAGUUCUAAAUGUAAUUAUUCUCAUAGUUUUGCAUAUGAAACGCAAAAAUUAUCCAACGAAUCUUGUGUUAUUAAUUAUUUUUACGGUGGUUGAAGCUUGUAGUGUUGGUAUUGUAGUCACUUCGUUCGACCUAUUUUCACUUCUACAAACUUUAUUACUAACUUUAGUUGCAAUGACUACAAUCACAUUGUACAUAGGCCAAACCAAUAAAGUCUGCUUAUCAUUGACCGAAUAUUUUAUUUUACUAAUCAUUACAAUAUUUUCUGCUGGAGUUAUGGCUCAAAUACUGUUGGGUAGUACAACGUAUGAAUUAUUAUUUUCUAGUAUUGGUGCAUUGUUAUUUUCUAUGUUUUUAAUACAUGAUAUUCAGAGACUCAUGUGGAAGUUGCAUCCAGACGAUUACGUAUUUGGUACAAUCAGUUUGUAUUUCGAUGUUAUUAACAUCAUUCCUAAUAUUUUAAACAAAUUAUAUUUUAAUUUUAAAUUCAGAACUUUUUUGCUAUUAAAUAGCAUAUAAAUGUAUUUUAUGAUCUUCAAAUAUGUAUUUAUCUAUUAUUUAUUUAUGUGCACGCUCUUUCUAAAAAUUAUUCACAUUAUGUGUUAAAACUAACAAAAAAAAUGUAUUCCUAUUAUUUAUUAUGUUUA